CCGCAGCUCACACCAACACACCCACACACUCGCAAUGGUUCGCCGUAGCAUGCGAGUAGCCUCAGGGGCGGGACCGGCGGCGCCGCGCUGGUGGCUGGCCGUGGCCGCAGCCCUUUUGGCGGCGCCGACGCCGGCGCCCGCCGUCGUGCGUCCCGACGCCUCGGAGGCGUCGCAGGCGCCGGAGCGCAGCCCCGCGGACGAGUGCCAGCUGACGCCCGUCAUCCACGUGCUGCAGUACCCCGGCUGCGUUCCCAAGCCCAUCCCCAGCUUCGCCUGCACCGGCCGCUGUUCCAGCUACUUGCAGGUGUCGGGGUCCAAGAUCUGGCAGAUGGAGCGGUCGUGCAUGUGCUGCCAGGAGAGCGGCGAGCGCGAGGCCAGCGUCUCGCUCUUCUGCCCCAAGGCCAAGCCCGGCGAGCGCAAGUUCCGCAAGGUGUCGACGAAGGCGCCGCUGGAGUGCAUGUGCCGGCCGUGCACCGGCGUCGAGGAGUCGGCCGUCAUCCCGCAGGAGGUGGCCGGGUACCCGGACGACGGGCCGCUCGCCGCGCACUUCCGCAAGUCGCAGUAGGGCGGCGCGCCGCACUCCGCCCUCUCUGUACCGCCGAUUUUCCUAAUAAACUCAC